GCUAAUGCUGGAAAGGUAGAACAAGUUACUGAUGAUUACAUGGAGGGAAAUACCAUACUACAAUUGGACGGAAUGAGGGGAAUUCAACCUGAAGGAGGAACACUUGUAAGGCCUCCUCCUAGAGGAGAUGGCACCAGCAACUGGACUGAGGAUCUGCAUCAGCAAGAUCCUAUUGAUGUUUCCAUGACAGAAGUCAAUAUGCAGUACAUUAUAAGUACACCUGUAAAGGAUGCUGUGGCUGAGAUGAUUAAUACAUCUGCAGAGAAUGCUAUGCUGGAGGAGAUUUCAGAUGCAGAGAUGAAGAAUGGAGAAGGUCCUCUGGGAACUUCCUCUCCACCCAGUGAGAUUGAGGAAAUGCAGGAGGCUGCUGAACUUAUGUAUAACAAUAAGAUCCACAAUAAGGUUAAUAAUGAAUCGCAGGAGCCUGCUAAUGCACCUGUGAUCAACAAUAGUACAGUUGAAGAGACCGACCAUGUACUCUUGAAGGACAAUUACAUGGAGGCCACUCAUAUUUAUCUUAAUAACAUAGCAGGUCAGGAAACUGUGAGUAAACCAUCAGGUGGUCCAGAAUCUUACAUGAUCUUGGGUGUAUCUUCACAUAAUGGUCAACUGCAAAAAAUCACUAGUGUAUCUGGGAAGGGUGAUACAGUCGAAGACAUUCUGGUCAUGAGAACGGACAAUAGUAUAGCUGAGGGGGCGAUUGGUGAAGCUCUUAGUCUUAGUGCCACUGGACCUAGAGAGACCCUUAGUGCUUCCAUAAACAAGUUAAGCUCAAUGAGAGGAGAUGCUGAACCUCCAUCAGGUUCUCAACAGGAAGAACCUCCAGCUGCAGUGCCAGGGUCCAGUGAGCUGCAAGAUUCUGUUUGGAAACUACCUAAGGAUAAUGCUAUUCAGGACAGAGUUCAUGCGGUGCAAAAUCUUAUGUUGCAAGAGAAUGUUGAUGACUACAUUGAGAAUGGCUCUUUGGACCCUGCGGUUCAGCAGAAACUUGUUGUCACACCUGCACAUAUCACUGUUGUUGGAGAGAAAUGUAUUGGUCCAUUCACCGGAGAAGCAACUGAUACAUUGGUGGAGGAGAAUCCCACUGGUAAUGGGUAUGCAGACCAGGAUGAAAUAACUAAAAGGAGGAAAGUGACAGUUUCUUCACAUGAAAAUGCAGAGGCCCUGCCAACCACAGAAGUUAUUAAAUCUGAGAAGCAAAACGGCAGUGGCCAGUUGAUAGGAUUCACAAGAAGGAAAAGGAAGAAAGAAGUACUUGCCUAGGGUGAAUGAAUACUUUCCAUAAGCUACAGCAUGCCUGC